UAUCACGCCUGCUACCACCCAUCCUAGAUGAGUGUCACGUAGUUGAGGAAGAUUCGUACCAAGGCUAAAGUGGUCAGGCUUCAAAAUAUCGAAGAAAAGCUCUCCUCCGAUAAGCAUGUCGACCUUUUCUGGAUGGAAGAAACGUGGAUCGGCGAGCUGGAUGCCUUCUGGAAGUUUCCAUGAAUCAAAAUCGAUCCUUACGUUCGGAAUAAUACCAGUCACUUUGGGAGUAACCAGGCACUCAAUUGGGCUUAUUCUACGAGUGGAGUGACGUGAGAUUGUUCGAAUGACGUGAGAAGAGUCGUAUAGCCCCAUUUGAAUAACAUGGUCACCUCACGUGAGAAUCGCUAAAAUUGACUCACCUCACGUCACUCGACUCGUAGAAUAAGCCCAAAUAUUUGCUUGAAAACCUCCGUAGCUUGAUCGAAAUUUAAUGAAGACUUUAUCCCGAGCUAGGCUUCUCAAAGCGUUGAUUCCUGUGAUUGGGACGUUAGCUUGCAUCUUAGGAGCACCAAGGCGGUUUGCCAUUUCCUCAGUGACGAAAUUUACUUGAGACCCACUGUCAAGUAAAACUCGGCACGGAUGUGGUCGGUUAUGUUUGUCUAUGGCUUGGACGACUGCAGUGAGCAGUAGAACGGUCUUCGAUGCUGGAACAUAGUUACUUGAGCAAGUAGUGGAUACGGAUUGAUCCACCACCGGAACAGGAGGUUGAAUAGCAGCUUCUUGAUUGACGAUUCGAGGUGACUGUGGGCAAGCGACAUUUGUUUUGCCCUCUUGGCUGUUGUUCCGUCCGGUUUCUUCGUGGAGGAGGGUAUGGUGUCUUUUGCUGCAUCGUUGGCAUGUUUUGCUCGACGUACAUUCUCUCGACUGAUGGCCCUUGCGGAGGCAGUUGUAGCACAAACCAGUUGCUCGAACCUUUUCUGCCCGUUGUGUGGCAGUUAGUUGCUUGAACGUUUCACACUGGAAGUUGAAAUGUCCACCACCACAGAUUUGACACGACGCUUGAUAGGUACUGGAGCUUUUGGUGGCUGCAUUUGUUUUUAGCGGUGGCAUCUUGCUAAUGCUUGACAUGGCUUUUGUCUUGGGAACUGUUGGCUGAGAUAGAGCUCGUGAUGAUUCACACUGUUCCAAGAUUUGGCAGUUCGUCUUGAGGAAGAAAAUAGUUUGAUCGUAUUUCGGAAGCUCUCCUCUCUGCUGGGUGCGCUCCCAAGCCAUUCGCGUUGAAUCGUCCAAAGCAGUUACGAUGAGGUACACUACGAUGUGUUCAGAAAUCCCAAUCAGCUCCUGUUUCUGGAACCGUAUCGGCGUGGCUUCUUUGGCGGAACAAUCCUCUCAAUUUCUGCAUCGUUUCCGGUGUCACUCCCUCUUCCCAAGUGAAUCCAUGAAAUGAACCGGACGAAACAGAUCUUGAGCCUUGCCCGCUUGGAGGAGGAGGCAAUUUCGAUUGAUUCAAUAUCGGUACGUUUUGCGAUUGCUCCUCUUGCACUUGCUUUUCUUGUACCUGCUCUCCUUGCACUUGCUUCACCGGAGAAUGUUCCAGCGGCAUUUUCGAUAUAGUCUUCAGCUACUCUUCUAAACGGCAACGUAGCCCGCGAUGAAUGUAUUAUUCGGUACUCUCAAUCACUUUUUACGGAAAUGUUCAAACUCUUUGUCAGGCACUCGCGGUGGAUUUAGUAUCCAGACUCUUAGGUUACUCGCUCCGGAAAUUUUCAAAGCUAUUUUCACCACACUAUAAUCGCGACGGAAAACACUGUUCUGAUUCGCAACACUAACGCCGACGCAACUGUACCACUUUGAGCAAGCACGCACUUGAUUGGUCUUGUUUGAAUUUUUCAAAAUGGCGUCACUUUUCGAACCACGUUCGUCUUGUUUGAAUUUUUCAAAAUGGCGACACUUUUCGAACCACGUUCGUCUUAUUUGAAUUUUUCAAAAUGGCGUCAUUUGUUGAACCACCGAAUGGGUAGUGUAGAAAACAGUAGAAAAAGAUGAUUUCCGGAUUCAAGAUGUGUAACGUGUUCUUUCGGGAUGGAUUUGGCCCUCCGUGUUACUGGAGACCUCUCGUGGAUGGGUACCGGUCCUUCCGUUGGUAGCCUCUCGAUGGCUGGAUUCCGAUCCGGUUCGACUGGACCAAUUUAUGUUCCGUAACAAUGGACCAUAAGACUUGGUGGAGGGUAAUCGUCGUAAACUUUGGAAUGACACGGAAGUGUCCUUGGAUUACGAUUCCCUUGGAUGGAUGGAUCUUCGGAAGUGGACUGUAUUAAUAAAGACCGGUUCGAAUUAAUUAACACAUUAACACUUAAUUCUACUUUAUUUUUGAAAACGCUCUACACUGUUCGAGAUCUUAUACGCGACUGUACUUCGUUCCAAAUUUUCCGCUCGCACGCUCUCGUUCGCCGGCCGGCUUAAUAGCAUUGCGGGUCGCUGUCUUCUCAAAGUCGACGCUGCGUCAAUAUUGGGCGUCGCUGCUGUGACGAACGGAACACCCACCGUUCUGGGCAUUUUGACCAAUGUGGCAUAUAAGAAGGUGCUGAUGAAGUGAAAUCAAGCCUUCUUAUAUACUACAUUGAUCAAAAUGCUCGGAACGGUGGGUGUAGUUGACCUCCGCAAACGUCAAAUUAGAGACAAGCUGGCGGCCAUUACCCCUUGCGGAAAACUGGAUAUACGUACACAAUCAUAUAAAAUCUAUUCAGAAAUGCGAUUAACAACGGUUUUUUUUAAAUUGUUCAUGUUUUUGUCUUAAUUUAGUUAAAUAAAAGGUGGCGAAAUUUGGCACAUUAAAUAUGGUGAUUUCAAUUAUCGCCACUGGCGAAAUUCCAUUCAUAGUUCUGAAAUUUAAACCUGAGUUAAUUUUCGCCACCAUAUCAACAGCAUCGUUGUAUUCUUAUUUUUAUUUGGAUUCGUCAAUUUAAAACAGAUUUUGUGAGCGCGCAAUACGUGUUGUCUAAGCUCCGGGCGCUAAUGGAUUCAAUAUCCGUUCAAACCACUAUUUCAAGAGGACAAGAAAGGGGGGUGAAAAUUGGACAAAUCAAGCAUCCGAAAGAUAUUCAAUUUGCAAAAAAGAGCUAACCGCGGUGGAGGUUGGUACUCUGAUACUGAUGGCUUUUCCGCAAACGUGACCUUUAAGUGGUCUUGUUGUGUAGGGGUUAUCACGCCUAUCUAGAGAGUAGGAGGUUGAGGGUUUGAGUCCCUCCAAGACAUGUGGAUUCUUUUUCGCAAAUUUCAUAUCAAUUUGUCCAUUUCGAAACAUGUGCUGUGCAUAUGCACAGCCAAGAUAUUUAACAAAAAAAUGAUUUUCGUACGGCCGAGUUGCCGAAUAAUAUGCAAUUAAUUGGUGGUGAAAUAUGAAAAUGUGUGGCGAAAAUUAAAUCUGAAUACUUGCUAAUUAAACGGCAUAUUUAUAUAAAAGCAAUAAUUUAUCGUUGCUUGAAGCUUGAAGCAACGAAAAAAGCUAAAGUGGGGGCUGCAGAUCGCAAAUUCUGAACUCAAGGACGGUUUAGAUAACCCAGGAUGUCCCAAACCAUCUUACCUUGUCUUCUGGUCUUCUGGAAUAUGUUAUGGACAUAGUUGAAUACACAUCCAAGCUUGGAGUGACGAAAAAAGUCACUGAUUGUGAUUGGUGUACCAUGGCAAAGAACCGAUUAGAAUGACGACGUGAUCGCCCCUAACUGACAAUAGUUCCAGAGCUAUUCAAUCAAAUUUGCUAGGUAAGGAGCAAUUUUACAUAAUAAUCCCGACACUUCCACAAUAAUUAGAUUUUUCUGCAUGUUGCAACAAUUUGAGAGAUAAACGUGCGUUUAGGGUGGCGAAAUAUAGUGCUUCUACCCUACAAUAGCAAAGAAUUAUUUGCUUUUAUAGCUUUGUGGCGAAAUUUUGGUACGUUAUUUAGAAUACAUAAAUGAAUCAUUUAUUUGAGGAACUGCAUAGGGUAGAGAACAAUUUGGGGAGUACCCCAUAUUCCCGUCCGCAAUGUUCAUUACUCGAUCGCAUUACAACUGAAUUACUUGUUUUUUAGUACAUGGUUAGUUUCUGUCGAUAUCCAGUGAUGUAUAAAAAAUCAAGCCAUUUGGUUGGAACGCGGUCGAGUAAUUAACAUUGCGGACGGGAAUAGGGGGUGCUGCCCAAAUGGUCCCGCUUCCUAUAUCCAUUUUGCGCAAUUCCGACAACAAAACAGCAAAAAACUAUUUUCGAACAAAUUGGCACCGAAUCUUUUGAUUUCUUCGAUACAGAUCAAUAGUUUAUGGCAAAACUCAGUAUUCUGGAGCACUUAAAAUUCAAAAACUGCAAGCAAUACUCCAUAACUGAUCUUCAUAUGCAAAAAAAAUCACACAUCUCCGAAAAAAAAUCCUGUUUUUUGCCAGCAUAGGUAUUUACAUACGCACAUACGCAGUUUCUCAAACAAACGGUUCAAACGUGAAAAUUUGCAAAAAACAUGAAACUUUAUAUGUCACUCGGUUUCAGACCUUCACUCGGUAAAAAUGAUUCUCGUUAGAGUACUGAUGGAUAUAAGGUUUAUCUGUCAGGUGGAAGCUGACAUGGUAAUGAUAUUAAAUAACAAAUGACAUGAGUUGAAUCGAGUUUUACUAUUCUCAUGACCAUGUAAUUCAAAUUGGAGUAUUAUCGACAAUGUUCUCAUUUGAUAAGAGGAUCGACUCACUUGAGAUUAGCUCAAACCGGUUCAACUCUUAAUCACUUAAUCCGUAGAAUAAGCCCAAAUAUGUUCAAUCGAAGAUAAUUAGUGCUCACAAGCAAUAUACAUACAGGAAAGUUGAUCCGAUAUUGAAAAACCUGUUUUCAUUUUGUUUUAUUAGUUUGCUAUUCCGAAGAUUUUUUUUUUAAUUUUCUUCUGAGUUGCAAGAGUAAAAUAUACGUUGAACAUAUUAUUGUUAUCAUUUACUCACUUGCCUCACCGUACCUCAUUAGUUUUUGAAAAAUCAAUGGAAUAUCGGCUUUUGAAAUGUUGGACUAAAUCUUAGUAGUGUAAAAUGUAGUACCCAAGCUAUCUUGAAUAAAUGGGUGUACGAUUGUUUUAGUUUUUGAAUAUGUUAAUCUUUAACUGAGACUGUAUCCAAUACAAAAUUACCACACUGCUAAACAUCUGUUUCCUGGUUUUUACGAAUGUUCCUUAUACAAUAUCAUUACCACAAUACAUAAACAAAUCGUAUUGUUGACUAAAAAAUUAUAUUUCUGUCUAAACGUAAGAUUUCUUAUUGUUAUUAUCGAUACAAUUGUUGCAAUAAAAGAUUACUUUCCUUAAAUGUUUAAUAGUCAUACGAUAUACAAAUGUUUUUAGUCAAUUACUGACUUUGCUGGUAAGCUUUCUCAUAUUAUAUUAUAUUAGCAUUCUACUAAACUUAUCGUUCCUUACUAUGUUCAUCAAAUCGGGUCUCUGUUGUGCAAACUACAGUAGUUACUAAUUACUAAAACUGCUGCUAUUAAUAUUCUUAACAUUCGGUUAUGCACGGCGCAGUAACGCCUACAUUACGAGUUGUGUGUUACUUGUUUUACGAGUUACGAAUUGCGAAGCAAUCGUUUUGAAAUGAUUUUUCCUUCUUUUAUUACCUAAGGCAGUGAUAUAUUUCAGAUUUUGCAUUCUAUUUUCAUGUUGUUUCGCUGUCAAUUGUUUCCAGCGAGUGAAUGUUUUAUACGUGAUGGGGGCAUGCAACUCUCUGAGAGUUAGUUAAGUUUAUUGUUAUCGAAGGUGAGAACAGCAAUAAGUUGUUGAGACAUACCUUCAAUCCGGGGUAUGAACGGGGCUCUUUGUUUUACGUUUUUCAUUGGCAUUACACUCCCACUACGACAUUUCUCAGCUUGUUUAUUAAGCACUUAUAAAGUUAUAAACUGCUAGGUUUCUUAGCAAAGUUACAAUUUUUUAAUUCGUAUUGUGAGGCUAAAAUGUAUUACUUUACUACACUCAGCGAACUGGACUAUCGAAUUCCAUAAUUGGCGGCCAACCAACAGUGCUUUUCAAACCUUAUUAAGAUGGGCGUGGUUGAAACCCAGCUUAUGAUUCUUACCCAGUCUGCCACACUUUGCUUUUUUUUAAUAAACAUAAUUUUUCAGAACGAGCGCACCCUAACAGUUCCUCGGUGGUGACGGAAUCCUAAGAGAAUUUUAUCUUCUUAUGUUUGACGUCAUUCACCGUGAGCGGAACUUGCUUCUCAAUGAGGCACUUUCUGUUAAUCUUUCUCAUGUCUUCGUGGAGGACAUAACCGUGCUGGUGAAAAAAAGGAUGUAAUAAGACCCGAGCGUACGGUCCAUAUCGCUGCUCAACAGCGAUAACAAAUUGUUUUUUCGAUUGAACGCAUAAGGCGGACCACCGCGUUCCGAAUGAUGGACAGAAAUGUUCGAACUUAGAUAGAACAUAGAACACAACAUCCUUCAGGUCACUCCAAUCUCUAUCACCUUCAUUACCGAAGUGCCUGUAAGCCCAUCAGCUGCGAUCGGAUGAGGCAUUCGCUUCUUUUCGGCACCAUGUGAUCGCUCGGGUUCAACGGAGAACUCCUCACUAUGUUUGCUUAUUUUUCAAAAUAAAAAUAAUUUUUCAUAAAGUAGGAUGGGGCAAGAUGGCAAACUAAGGCAAACUAUGAAUGUCUCAAAACAGAAACAUUUUUAUUCAACUUUUUUACGUGGAUCAAUGAAAAUGAUGAAAAUAGCUCAUAAUCUGUAAGCCAGGGAUAUGGAAUAACAAAAACUCCACUUUUUAUUCCAUUUUGAGUAAUUAAAGUAGAAGUCUAUUUUUCUGUCAAUCAAAAAAUGGCGGGUAAAGAUGGGUCAAACAGCGGGGCAAGAUGGGUCACCUUUAAAUUCUGCAUUGUUUUUAUUCCCAAUAUUGAAUUACACACAGAUAGAUAGCUUUAUUGCCAAUGAUUUUAUUGAAUAAAAAAGUAUUUUUAUCUUCGGAUGAAGAAAUGGCUCUACAUUUACAAAUGUCUGCAAAUUAUUAAGAAAACAAGCCGUCUGUGUAUUGCUUUCUUAAAGACAAAAUAUAUUAUAAAUUUUUAAUAAACAAAUUAACAGCAUUAUAUCAAAAGUAACCUUACAAUGAUUAAACUAGCGAUGGAAAAUAUGUUUUGAAUACGAACUAUGCCCUUCCGUAUGUGCUGACCCAUAUUGCCCCAUUUGUAAGUUCAUGUUAAAAUGUCUAAUUUUCGAUCAAAUUUAUUUAUUUCAACACAGUUAGUACAACAUCACCAUUCACUAUGUUACUAAACAUGUUUAAAUUUAACAUUGCUCGACGAGGUUACACGUUUUAUAGAAAGUGUGUUUCGCAUAAGAAACAAUGCUGAAAAAUAUUUUACGUUGCCAUACUCUACCAAAAUGAAAUUUUAUCAUCAAAUUGAGUGACAAUAAAGAAGAACCAAAUUAUUCCUCCAACAAAGUCAAAAUCUCCACAUUAAAUGUACACGAUACUCAAAAACGGCUCUGACCCAUCUUACCCCGUGACCCAUCUUGCCCCGCCUAACCCUUGCAUGUAGAAAAUCAUAUCGAUUCCAUGGGGCAAAAUUCCACAAGGGGCGCUGUUUCAACAUAACCAAGAUGAGCGUGUUGAAUGCUUCGGGAGAUGUAAAUUCCCAGAUGUAAAUUAGCUAAAUUAGCAUGUCUGCUGGUUACCGGCUGCGACUAACGAAAAGAUGCCGCGAUUGUGUGUGAUGCAUAGGCUAGCGGAACUCUGAUCUGUCACAUUGAGGAAAAGUAGAAAAAGGUAAACAAACAGAUUAUCUUUUUCGUUCGUUUUUGAAAUUAUUUUUUUUCGAUUUUAUUGAAUAUGAAUUAUUAGUUUUUCACUUCCAGAAGGAAGCUUUAAGUCGGAAAUGUCUAAUUUAUCUUUUCAACCACAAAUUUGUGUCGAUUAUCACUCGUUUACUUACUAGUUUUCAGAGGGUUCAUUUCUGCUGUUACAAUGUGCAAAACACAUAAUGCGGAACAGUUGUGGCACAGAAAAACCAGGGAAUAAAUCUUACAUAAGAUUAAUGUGAAAUGUGCUGUAAUUAAAUAAUAUGAACUCCAUUCUCCGCUGUACUUACUGAAUUCGCAGAUCCUGGUAUACGGAAAAUGGGUCAACAAUCGGUAAGAUAGCAUUUGUGUUGUACGAUAUGCCGAAAUUAACUUUUUGUUUCAUUUACAGAACUUUAUGCUGCAAACAAUAAGAGUGGAAGUAGAUAUUGUGGAUCUUUUUGACUUCGCUGAAGGGAGCACGAGAAACUGGAAGGAAGGCAAUGAAAUUUUCAACAACAAUCAUGUGGUCAUUGCAGGUGUGAGCAAAAUUGUCGAAAAAUCGGUGCACAUAUUUUGCAGCUGCCUCCGAGGGACAAAUCCAUCAGAAACUCCUAGGGAAGUUCGGAUGGUAACAUCCAGAUUACUCAAGGACUGGAGUAUAUGGUGCUCGUGCCCCGCUGGAAACUAUCGAUGUAAACACCAGUUCGCAUGUCUUCUGUACAUUCACCGUAACAAGGAUCUUGAAAUACUUUCUACAACUGACAUACGUCAGCAGUGGAGCAAAGUGGCCAAAAUACAAGCUCAAAAUCUCUACGAACCAGUGCCAUUAUCAUCACUUUGCAAUCUACGAAAGAAAGUCACAACGGCAACCAUAUCAGAUGACCUCACCACUUCGAUCUUCAAUAUGUUCAUUUCCGAAUUACCUUCGUCAGCUCUUGCAAAGACAAUGAGUGGUCGUAACACAUUGAGGCCGACAUUGGAAGCAAACGACUCUUCGGUUUUGCCAUCUGCCACCCAGUUAGAUCAAUCGGUACCUCACACGUGGAAGCCAGAAGUACCCGAAUGGAAACCUCGGCAACGUGAACAACCUGUAGCCGUGACCACUGUUAACAACGAUGAAAUCCAGCUGGGAUUGGAAUACUUAAAACCGUUUUUCUCGAUUAGGAAUUUAACAUCAAAAUGGAAAUACUAUUUCGGACCAUUACGCGACUCUAGUCUGCACUUGUUCUAUGAAACACGCGUUUGUGUAGCUGUCGGCGAUAAUACAUCCAAUGGAAAAACGACUUUCUCCUUUGCUGUAUGGAAAAGAAAUGGAAGGACAUGCUCUGAACUGUUACAGACAGAAACACAAAGGAAAACGAAUUAUUAGAAUGGGACUUAUAAUACCACCAUCUGCGCCAUUCCUUGGUUGUUCUCCCGAUGCUAUUGUAUUGGAAGAUGCAAAAUUGGUUGAGAUAAAGUGUCCAUUCUCAGGAAAGUACAAAACCUUGAGUGAGGUAUUAGGAAAACUGAAAUGGAUUGAAAAGAAAGACAACAAGUACAUGCUACGGAAAAGACAUGCCUACUAUGGGCAAGUUCAACUUGCAAUGUGUUUAACCAGAACGAAAACAGCAGAUUUGGU